GAGUGGUGAAUAACUUUGUUUUGCUUUCAAUUUUUGGUAAAAAUUGUUUUUCUUGGGAAAUUACGUAUUUUCACUGUGAAAAAUGACCACAGCUGCUCGUCCAACAUUUGAUCCUGCCCGUGGAGGAUCAGGACGUGGCGAGAAGGAUCUCAGUGCACUCUCCAAGCAAUAUUCCAGCCGAGAUUUGCCUGGACAUACAAAGCUCAAAUACAGGGAGACGGGACAGAGCACUAGCGAUGAACUGAGGAAUCGUGACUUCCGGAAGGAGCUGGAGGAACGUGAACGUGAAACUGGUGUGAAGAGCAAGGCCACAAUCCCCAUUCCGGCUGUUGUACGUCGUGCCAUCGAGCAGAAUGCCUCGGCCAGCAAGAGACCCAAAAUGGAUCAGAUUCCAGCUGCUAAUCUCGAUGCUGAUGACCCUGUGGAUGGAGAUUCGUCAGAUUCUGAUGAUUCUGACGAUGACACAGCUGCCCUCCUGGCUGAAUUGAACAAAAUCAAGCGCGAGAGGGCUCAGGAUUCCAACAGGCGAGAGACACUGCGCAAGCAGGAAGAAGAGAGAAUCAGAAUGGAAAAUAUCCUUUCGGGGAAUCCUCUGCUGAACUACAGCUCAGCCCCACGGGGUGACCUAAAGAUCAAGAGACGAUGGGAUGAUGAUGUUGUGUUCAAGAACUGCGCCAGGUACGAGCCCAAUAAGCGAACUCCGGCCUUCAUCAAUGAUUCACUUCGCUCAGAAUUUCACAAGAAAUUCAUGGAUAAAUACAUUAAGUAGAUUUUCACAAAUCCCGGAAAAUUCCCUUCCCUUCCCUCCUGAUACUUUGCGAAAUAAAACUAAUUGGACACAA